AUGCGCGAAUGGGGCAAGGAUGUGUCUUGCCCUUCCAGAGAUUCUGCUGUACCAAACACGAGAGGAGACUGCAGUAAAUGCUUCACGAGGAAAUACCAAUGCAACAAGAAGAAGCCGAAGUGUUGCAACUGCCAGCACGAUGGUCUGGCAUGCGAGUACGACCUCCCUUCCCCGGCGGAUCCACUACCGGUCAUAUCGGAAGACGCAGAGCGCGAUGUCAAACCCGAGCCUCCCCCUGGGGCCGUGCCUCUAUCGAGCAAGUCAUGCAUGGCUUGUGCAACGGCGAAUCGAGUGUGCAGCAACGGGCUGCCGGCAUGCGAGCGGUGUCUCCGACAUAGCAUUUCGUGCGACUACGGCACUCCUCUCGCUCCCAGCACUGCCCCAAGCUCUAGGCGGCGGGAAGGCGUUUCCGAUCUCGAGUGGAUAUGGCAUGACACGUGCUGUAUCGACAAGAGCAGUUCUGCAGAGCUGAACGAGGCCAUCAAUUCCAUGUUCCGAUACUACGCUGACUCAUAUGCUUGCCUGGCUUUCCUGCAAGACGUCCACCCUCGUCAACAUGCUCCGUCAACGCUUCUUCUGGACUUCGAAAAGAGCUCGUGGUUCAAACGUGGAUGGACACUGCAAGAGUUGCUCGCACCAAAGCUGGUUGUCUUCCUCAAUCAAAGUUGGGAAGUAUUCGGUCAUAAGGCCGGAUCGAUAGAAUCGUCAGUCCAGAUGAGCUCCUCGAAGAUUCAGAUGCCCUUGAACCCGUGGAUCUCCAGGAUUACUGGUAUGCCUGAGCGUAUUCUGCUGGAUUAUUACAUGAUGAAGGACAUUCCAAUUGAGAAGAGACUUGACUUGAUGGCUGGAAGGACCACGACGAGACGAGAAGACAAAGCAUACUGUCUCCUGGGGAUAUGUGACGUCUUUAUGCCUCUCAUCUACGGCGAAGGCAAACGCGCAUUCGAUCGGCUGGAAGAAGUAUUAAACAAGGAAUCCGUACAAGCGGGUGGUGCAAGAGUAUCUGGCUUGAGAGACCGGCUAGACUCGAAGACUGGUAUAGUCAUAGAUCUGUGGAAUGAUCUUGGUGCGGAUGUAUUAGACCUCCCUCCUGAUCCUUCGGUCCCCAACCCAUGGGGCCAACCGCGAGUCGAUUCGAGAAACGGCGAUGAUGCGCAGAGCCCACCAGCGGUUGACCGGCCAGACACGAGGUAUAACCACUACAACGUGCCGGCGCCGGCACCACCACCGCCUCAACUGGUCCUGGAGCCGCCGAUCUCCCUGUCUUCAAAUCGUUUCAGCAUUGGCAGGGAAGAUCGGUACGGUGGACCACCCCGGCGACAGAGGGAGGCUAAUGCCAUCAAUGACCUACUGGGAGGCUCCAGCCCUCCUCAGGGUUAUCCCCCGAAUGCCUUUGUGCAAGUCUCUGACAACACAUACGGACCACCGUCCCGGCCGCCUGUUCCCCUCUAUGGCGCGCCUGAUUACCCUUCUCAAAAUCCGCCUCUAUCACCGGACAGACCGGAAGACUAUCGACGCGCUGCCCCAGCAUACUACAGCUAUGGCGAGUACCCUUACUCCUCAGCACAAGAGUAUGCCGACCGACACCGGGAUGUUCCGCCACUGGAUCCGUUUGGAUACCCUAUUGAGCCGCGCAGAGAGACUGGGCGCCGCAGGUCGGUGGAGCAUGCCCCCCGGACCUACUCGCGACCACAGAAUCGACGUUCGCGCUCUUCGACACCGCCAUGGUCACCACCAUCAAGUGACUUCGAGCCGUCGAUCAAGCCGGAUGCAAAGCCGGACCCGCCACAGACCAAGAAGGGGUCGCGGAAAGGAAACAAAGACACCAAGCAGCUUCAUGAGAUGGUCGAUAAACUGACGAUGUUGAACGCACUGCUGGAAGCAAAGCUGCUAAUCCGCGAAAAUGAAGCAAAGGCUGAAGAGGACACGAAGAAGUCGCAGCAUUCGAUGCCAGCGCUCGAACGGUCACAUCUGUCAAUUCCUUCGUGGGCAGCGCAGGCAAGAGCGAAUACUGCACACAGCGACAGGUUCUCGAUGCAACGCGGUGAAGAGGAUCAGAGUAGAUACCGCUGGGUCCUCGAGCCUGUUCCGCAACAGCAACCGCAAGCACCGGAGGGCUCAGUGCCGGUUUCGCAAUUCGGGGGUAACAAUAUGCAGCCGUCACACGUCCCCCGGUUCAGCUUACAGACGCCCUUCGGAACCCAGACCAGCCCGUCGCAGUCGCCAUAUCAUGCGCCAAAGGAGUUUCAAAGCUUUGCUGCACCGCCACCGUGGUCCUCGUCUGGCCCGUCGUUCCAGUUCGAUGGAAGGGGUCCUGCGCCGCCUGUUUACGCGCCUUUCCGGCAGGCGAGCCACCUGUGGUCGCAUCUCUAUCUUCAGUCUCCAAACGUCCGUACUCCUACAAACACCACCAGCAAACAGAGCCCGUCACACAGCGCAGGAUCGGCGGCGCACGAUUGCAUCACAAGAAGCUGCAUCCCUGGCGACUCAGAAACCCACUUCACCCCUCCCUCCACCACCGACGACCCAAUGUCCUCCCAAUCGCUCCCCUCCAACUACCUGAACGAGCGCAACGCCCUCGACCGCGAGAUCCUCAAGCACCAGCCGCAAGACUACCUGCAGUACGCGGCCAACUUCUACCAGCGCCGCCUGGAAGCGCAGCGCAAGGAGUUCCUGCUCUCCGCCGAGCACGGCCAGCGACAUUCCAGCCAGCCGGGAAGCGAGACCUUCCUCAGCAACCCCUUCGGUAACACGGCAGCUUCCUCGCAGCAGCAGCAGGCGCCGGGCCAGACAGGCGGAAAGAUGAACCCUGUCUCGGAGGAAGAGGAGCAUGACGAUUUCGCUUCGCCCACUGCAUCUUCCUUCCCUCCUAAUGUCCGCGACAACAGCGCCAAUAGCAAUAUGAAUACUUCUGGCAGCAGCAGUGGUGGUGGUGUGUUUGGCAACUUUGGCUUUUCGCCGUCAUCAGGCACACGCUCCAACCCUCCACCGUCUGCUUCGAGCGGAGCCAUGGACCACCCGCAGUCCUUUCCGCAGAACUACAACAUGAACCGCCGGACCUCCGUCUCCGCCGAAUCGCUCGCCCCAACCUCCUCCGACGACACAAACUGGAAGGCACCUCAAUACCCCAAAACCGCCGAGCAGAUCUCCCGCCUCCGCUCUGCUGUCUCCCACAACUUCCUCUUCUCCCACCUCGACGACGAGCAGACCGCCACUGUCCUCGGUGCGCUUCAGGAACGCAAAAUGCCGAGCAAAGACAUGCGCGUGAUCACGCAAGGCGAGGAAGGAGACUACUUCUACGUCGUCGAGAGCGGCCAAUUCGACAUCUACGUCUCCAAGACCGGGCACGUGGAAGCCGGCGAAGGCGGCAUGGGCUCGAAAGUCGCGACCAACGGCCCCGGCACGAGCUUCGGCGAGCUGGCGCUGAUGUACAACGCGCCCCGCGCCGCCACAGUCGUGAGCCAGGAGCCCAGCGUGCUGUGGCAGCUCGACCGCGUAACCUUCCGCCGCAUCCUCAUGGACUCGGCCUUCCAGCGCCGACGCAUGUACGAGUCCUUCCUCGAAGAAGUGCCCCUCCUCUCCUCCCUCACGCCCUACGAACGGAGCAAAAUCGCCGACGCGUUGGAAACGACCAAAUACCCCGCUUCCACGCCCAUCAUCCGCGAAGGAGACGUGGGCGAUAAAUUCUACAUCCUGGAAUCCGGCGAGGCGGAGGUCACGAAGCGUGGCGAGUCGCAGCCGCUGAAGCAUUACGGCAAGGGGGAUUAUUUCGGCGAGCUGGCGUUGUUGGAGGAUAAGCCGAGAUUUGCGAGUGUGACGAGCACGACGGAGGUCAAGGUGGCGACGCUGGGGAAGGAUGGGUUCCAGAGGCUGUUGGGGCCCGUGGAGAGUAUUAUGCGGAGGGAUGAUCCGAGGAAGAAUGAUGGUUGA